GACUCCUCUCUUUCUCCAAACUCGUGAAAACAAGUCGUGUUCGGAUCGGGUCUGAAUCGGAUCUAAGACGCGCAACAACAACAGCUCAAAGGAAACGCCUCUGUGAGAAUGUACACUUUAUCCGGAGCUUCUUAAAGUGUGUCAUUCUGUCCUCGGGACCGUCUCCAAAGCGCCAGGACGCACGACAUGUAAUCAAACAGAGUCCAGAGUCCAGACCCCCAACCUUAGUCCUGGUUUGGCCCUGGUUCAGUCCUGUUUUCAUCCUGCUUUGGUCCCUUGUUUAGUCCUGCUUCAGUCCCUGGGUCAGUCCCUGGUUCAGUCCCUGGUUUGGACCCUGGUUCAGUCCCAGUUGGUGCCCCUGUCUGCUUGAGCAUGUACCAGGUGGUCCCGGGGGGGGCGGGGGGCACUGACCUGGAUGCCCUUCCAUCGCAGAAACACCAGCGCGCCUCACGCCCUCUGGUGGGGGCGGGGGUCAUUGGGCUAUUCUUGGUCAUCUCCGCGGUAACAGCCUGGUGCUAUUACAUCGCAUCUCUGAGAAAAGCUGAACUCUUGAAGACACAACUCCUCGACCUCAACAAAGAUGGCUAUAUCAUCCGGAACCAAGGGGGCGCUAUAGUCUUCAGGAUGCAGUUCAGGUCUGGGACUCUGGACUUGGAUUCGUGCUCUAAGGAGGGUGAGAUCUUGAGCUGCAGCCGAACCACAGAUAAUCGCCGUCUGUUUUUCUUCAUUGAGACGGUCAGACCGAAGGACACGGUGCAGUGUUACCGUGUGCGCUGGGAGGAGACGGUUCCACACGUGCCCGUCGAACACGCUAUGACCUACCGCUUUGCCCACUGGUACGGCGGCGCUCUAUCCGCCACGCAGCACUGGCCAAUCGCAGUGUCCGGACAGCAGCCCCCAAAGCCCUUUGUCACCAGCGACAUCUACUCGGACCGCAACAACUUUGGAGGGAUUCUGGAGAGUUAUUGGCUCUCGUCCAAUGCCACGGCGAUCAAAAUAAAUGGUUCUGUCCCGUUUCAUUUGGGCUGGAACGACACAGAGAAGACCAUGUUGUUUCAGGCACGUUACAGCGACAGCCCGUUUCAGCCCGAGCCCAACGAGGCGCCCAUCGCUGAGCUGAGCUACCGCGUGUGUGUGGGGCUGGAUGUCACCUCCAUCCACAAGUACAUGGUCCGACGAUACUUCAACAAACCUUACAAAGUCCCAGCUAAAGUCAUGUUCCAACACCCCAUUUGGUCCACCUGGGCCCUGCACAAGACUGACAUCAACCAGGAGAAGCUACUAGCAUACGCCGCUAACAUCAAAAAGCACAACUUUAACUGCAGCCACUUGGAGCUUGACGACCGCUACACCAAACGUUAUGGAGAGUUUGAGUUUGAUCCCGAGAAGUUCCCAAACGCAAGCGCAAUGUUCCAGAAGCUGAAAUCGGAUGGCUUCUUGGUCUCGCUGUGGAUACACCCCUUUGUGAACUAUGACUCCGCCAACUUCCACACCUGCGUCCAGCGAGGGUUAUUUGUACGAGAGCCGACCGGGAGACUUCCUGCUUUGGUUAAAUGGUGGAACGGGAUUGGUGGGAUUCUGGACUUCACCAAUCAGGAGGCUCGGGAAUGGUUUUCGAACCAGCUCCGGUCUCUGCGCUCAGGGUACGGAGUCACUUCAUUUAAGUUCGAUGCCGGAGAGACCAAUUAUUUACCGUGGAAGUUUAGCACCAAAAUGCCCAUUCGUGAUCCAAGUGUUUUCACCAGACGCUACACAGAGAUGGCGAUUCCCUACAAUGACCGUGCUGAGCUGAGGAGCGGGUACCAAUCACAAAACAUCUCCUGUUUCUUCCGUCCAAUCGACCGCGACUCAGUUUGGGGCUACGAACUGGGGCUGAAAUCGCUAAUCCCAACAGUUCUCACAAUUAGCAUCCUUGGCUACCAGUUCAUCUUACCGGACAUGAUUGGCGGAAAUGCGUACUUGAACCGCACAGAUGGAGGACGCGCGCUACCUGACCGCGAGCUCUACAUCCGCUGGUUGGAGCUGUCCGCGUUCAUGCCAUCGAUGCAAUUCUCGAUCCCACCAUGGGAGUAUGACGCGGAGGUGGUGGAGAUCGCUCGUAAAUACACCGCAUUGCAUGACAGCAUCGUUUUGCCGCGUGUCUUGGAGCUAGCGGGUGAGGUGGUGAACACGGGCGACCCCAUCAUCAGGCCGCUAUGGUGGAUCGCCACGGGAGAUGAGACUGCGUACAAAAUCGACUCGCAGUUCCUGAUUGGGGAUGACCUUAUGGUGGCGCCGGUGCUGGAGCCAGGGAAACAAGAGCGGGACAUUUACCUCCCGGCCGGGAGCUGGAGGAGCUAUAAAGGAGAGAGGUUUGACAUUAAAGAGCCGCUGCACCUCACAGACUACCCUGUGGACCUGGAUGAGAUUGCAUACUUCCUCUGGAUCUGAAACAUAAACUGUAAAUUUAACUUAUUCUGCCAUACCCACUGCUGUAAACGCAACUAAACCGUGCUUUCUUUGUGGAGGCACUUUCAUUUCAAUGGCGAAUUUUAGAAAUGACGUAAAAUUUGAGAAAUGACGAUAAAAUCUGAUACAAAGUAGUGCUGAUGUUGAACAUUUUACACAAAUCAACACUGCACUGAUUCUCUGGAGCCUUUUGAAACAGCUCUGUAGUCCUUUAUAACUUAAUUACUGUUAGGAUCAGCAGCCCCAUGCAAAAAAAUACAGCAACUUCCUGAAUAAGGUGAAUCUCUCUUUUCUGGACAUAGCCAACCUGCCACGUCGCAAACAGGAAGUGAACGUGGGCCUCUACCUAGUUGUUUCCUUCUCAUUGACCCUCUGAAGUUGUAUUUGCAGUGAUUCAUGCAUGUUUGAACAAUCUUUUAUCUUUUAUUUUUCCGAUCCACCCCUUGUCACCUCCACCGGUACACACCCACGCCCUUCUCCAGUUUUAUUUUCUUAAUCGUGAUACUAGAUUCAGCAGCGUCGCAGUCAUUUUGGUACAAAUGAAAAAAAAUCUGCUGCUCGCUAGUGUGAUGUGCUAUCCAUAGGAAGGGCCGGCAGCACGCGGCACUUUUGUGAUGAUGCGGGAACUUUAAAAAUCCACAGCCUGGUUCGCAAAAUUUCCCUCUCAGAGCCACACAACUAUAACUCAGCGUGUGAAGCCAGAGAGUCUUUUAAACCAGUUGCCCUACAAUGUUUUUUGAUAUGCAAAGUCAGUGUAGGAUUUCAUUUUGCAGUCUGCAGUCAACAAUAGCAGCCAGCCAUUUUGAGGACCAUUUGAACCUUGUACCCACCCCUCUGGACUUUUCUGUUUCAUAUCCAUUUAUUAUAUGCAGUUUUAAAGCUACAGUUUGGUACUUGCCCAGCUCUCAUUACAUCACUAGACAUUGCCAUAGAAACAGUUUUUCUACAAAAGAAGUGCAGAGCAGGAAGUUUGAUGAAAUUUCAAAGCUACCGCCUGCUCCUCCGUCCGUAAUCACACAAAAUAUUCUCUUCAGUUUGUCUUAAAUGGACGGUGAACAUUUUAAACCUUAUUGAGAUUCAAAGGGAAUUUUGAAUGUUUUAAAUAAUUUGUGUUUUUAACAAAUAUCUCUUUCUUUAUGCGAUGUGCAAUUGCCAUGUUUAAGCUAAUACUACUGAGGCAAAAGCUCCGUUGUAUUUCAUGUAACUACGCUAAAUCUGCUUUAGCCUUUAGCUUAGCUUCUGUUCAAAAGUGCCUUAAAGUUUGUAUCUUCUUAUUGCCUGUGUCCGAAUGUCCACCCUAGCCCCCUAGAUGCUACUUUUCCAGGUGCAUUGUGGGAACUUUUGAAUGCACUAUUUUUUUCACCAGCUGAACAUUUAAACGCCCCUGACUGCCUGAAUAGUGCCCCCUUUAGGGAAUAGUGUGGACAUUUGGACAUAGCCAUCCUUUCAUUUGAGAUUUUUAGAGCCGUCAGCACAAUGUAGAGUCCCUGUGGUUUAACCUGAGCUGGAGACAGGUCAGAACUCUCAGGUAGAAUCUGCGGUGUAGCUGUCAGACUGCAGAUAUGUUGACCUGGUUUAUGGUUUAUAUCUCUAAUUACUGGGCCUGUCUGCAUGAAACAAAAACUGACAGUCCAAAGUCUUGCUGACCACUGCACACCAUUUAAAAUGAACGAGUGCUGUUUUUCAUGUUUAUAAGAUAAAAAUCAGGUACAAUGUCUUUAAAACACUACAAAUGACAUUUUAUGUCAUUUAUUUGGUCUGUACAGGGUUUGGUAUAAUUGUUUUUGUGGAACUUAAAACACUGCCUUAAGUGAGCCGAACUUUUCAGAGCAAAAUUUUGUCCAUUUUUAAGUGUGUUUUUGUUUUUUAUAUGUUUUGUUUAUUAGGUACUGGUAUUGUAAUGAUACUAAAAUUUCAAACUCUAUUUCUGUAGGAAAGGAACAGACUUGGUACUCCAUACUGAUACCAUGACGAUAAUAAAAACACUUUCUCUUCAGACAAUAUACUGUGAUUUCCGCAUUAAAUGGUAGUACCGGUACUUUAUUUUCUAUUCCCAUGUGGCCUUAUAUCUGUGUAAUCCCUCAGUCCAGGUAGGUUCUCGUGAUGUUUGUGGGUUCAAAAACUCAGGAGAGUCCAUCUUGGUGUGUUCCUGCUGGUGCAAUCGGUCACUCACCACCACCUGUCAGGCCCAUUCACAGAGCAGCACUGAGGUUUGUGCAGAAGCCAAAGGCGCCAAGAACCAAAACAAACACACCGUCGACUAAGGAACUUCAGACGAUUGUAGUGUCAGGACUGUAGUGUGAAGAACGUGCAUCAGGACUGUAGUAAACGUGCAGAAAGUCAGAGCUUUGUGGACCGGGAUGAUGUCUGAGCUUUUCUCUCAACUGGAUGUUUGAUUUUCGUCUUGUUCUGCUGUGACACUUUAACCAAUCAGAUUCAAGUAAUCGACAUGACAUUCUGCGUUUUCUGAUUGUUUUCAGCGAGAGCCAUCCCAAUUUGACAAUGUACAGGAUUUAAUUCAGACUGACACAUAAAUCCCAUAGAAGUAAAAUAAUAUAAUCUUCUAUAAUCCCAUUUCAUGAACAAUCUUACAUAAAUGAAAAGUGUUGUUUGUGCCAAAAUUUAAAAAAAAUAUUGACUUUUAAAACUACAGUAAAAAGCAUCUGUGUG